AUGUCAGGAUCUGAAUUUUAUAAUUAUAAAGGAUUGUUUAGUAUUGUGCUCUUAGGUGCUUGUGAUGCAGAGUAUAAGUUUACAUGGUUAGAUAUUGGACAAUAUGGCUCACUGAGUGAUGGUAGUGUCUGGAGCAAUACAGACUUAAUGCAGGCUUUGGAAGAAGGAACAAUAAAUUUGCCGCCACCUACUCCACUGCCUGGUACAAAUGUACCAUUCCCUUAUGUUUUUGUGGCAGAUGAAGCGUUUCCAUUAUCAACAUAUAUGAUGAGGCCAUUUUCUAAGAAAAAUGUAGAAAUGAGUGAUGAUGAACGCAUCUUCAAUUACCGAGUAUCUAAAGCUAGGAAAGUUAUUGAAAAUAUAUUUGGUAUUAUGGGAGCAAAGUGGCAAAUUCUGAAUUCAUGCAUAAGCUGUUCCCCAAAACAUGCAAAACACAUUAUAAAAGCUCUAGAUUUGCAGAUAGUGAGCGUAAUAAUAGAAAAAUUCAAGCAGGAGCAUGGAGAGCAGAAAAUAAUCAGACAAUUUUCCACCGCCUAG